UUCCACAGGAGGCCGGGCCUUAAGGCUAGCGGUCGGCGGAAAGAGAAACAGAGAAGAUGGAGAAACUGAAAGAGUGCAUAGAAGAGCUAGUGGAGUUCACUCUCAAUUCUCACAUUAACGAAACCCUAGAAUUCGAUAUAGGCCUUUCUAAGGACUUCUGCUCCAAUCUUUUGAGGGACGACCCAGACGACUCCGUUUCUCUGCCUGACACUGUUACUGCAGGUUCUUUUGAAGGAGUCCCCCGAUACCCCUUAUUCAAGCGUCUAGCUUCAGGUUUAUACCAAUGUAUAAUAUCAGGGACAUUUUGUAAGACAUAUGGAGAGAUACAAUUCAUCCAAGAAGAUGUUUCCUUGAAACAGAAACAAGAUGAAUGGAAUAAGUUAAUUCUGGAAAAGGGAUCUGAGCUAAUAAAUAUGUUUGAGGCUACAUUUUAUGAACUUCAUGCUCAGGAGCCCUUCUUCUCACUCUUAAAAGCAUUUGGAUUGUAUGCAGAUGGCCUAAAAACAAUUGAAGGAAGAUGUGCUGGUGCUAAAUAUAGUAGAAUUGGGCCAGGAGCUUUGGUUCUUUUAAACAAAACUGUAGUGCUUGAGGUUAAGGAUGUUCACCGAUAUGCUUCAUUUUUAAAGAUGUUGGAAACGGAGGAUCUUUCGCAAGUCCUUCCUGGUAUUAAAACUGUUCAAGAAGGUGUAAAAAUCUAUAGGAAGUUUUAUACAGAAGAAAAGGAAAUGUCCAAUGGUGUCCUUGCCAUCUGUGUAUCAAAAUCUUCUCCUCAGCCAUACCUACAUUUGGCUAGCAUACUGUUAGGAUUGAGUUAUGGUGGUGUCCAAAGUCUUCUGGGCCUUGCACAUACUGCUGGAACAGUUUCUGAUGCCCUUCCUCCACCAAGCUCAACUCUUCUAUCAUCCUUCACUCUACCAUACAGACCAGAUGUCAAUGGUAGUGCCUUGACGCAUGGUGCAAGGGCUUUGGCAAAGCAUGCUGAAAGGAGUAGCAAUAAGUAUUGGGGUAUUAUUAGUGGAAGUGCCACCAAUCAAUUAUCAUUUGCCCCCAAGUGCUUGAGAUUGGCCCCCCUUCUCUCACCUCAAGAACGGAGCACCACCUGCACCAACCUGUUUUUCAGUCACUGCAACAGCUAUUCAACCCAUCACUUCAAACCAUCUUGUAUUUUGUCACCACAACAUUACUGCUCCUGUCCUGUCAUUGCCACAAAAAUGGUGCCUAUUUUCGACACAUGUUAUAGUUGCUUUAUAUCUCAAGUUUUCUAAAAGGCUUGGCUCAGAUCACGAUGCCUUAAGGUUACCACUAAUUCUUCUCUACUGAUCCCAAUUGACGAGGAUCUUAAGUCUUAUUAUAGUGUUUAUUUUAUUCUCUCUAAUUCUAUGCCCUGUACUUUAAAGCAGCAUUGGAUCCGUAUAGAUUGUCUUACUGGAGCUGAGGUGGAACCUUAAUCUGGAUCAAAGACAAAGCUUUAGUUUCUUUAGUUUGUGUAUGGAUAUGUGGAAAAUCGAAAUGAAAAGAAUAUGAGUUUA